CGCCUGGGGGGUAUCACCGCGAGUCUCGGAGCAUCCCGGCCCGGCGUUAGCAUGGGCCUCGGCUCUUCCAGACACAGGCUAGGGAAACCGGACCGGCGGCGCGGCGCGGCCUGGGGGGCUAACGGUUCUCGGGCCUAGUUCAUUGCCCCAGACUGAAGGGACGCGCAAGGAUCUCAGUGUACUGAGAGGCUUGACCAAACCAUUCGGCAGGAUGUUGGGAUUCCUGAAGCAGCCUGUUGUGGUCACUGCAGAGAUCAAUGUGAAUCUGGUGGCUCUGACUGUGAUGGGAUUAGUAAACCGGCUCUGGGCACUCUCCUACCCACGGGCAGUGGUUUUUGAUGAAGUUUACUAUGGCCAGUUUGUGUCUCUGUACAUGAAGCGGAUCUUUUUUGUGGAUGACAGUGGCCCGCCAUUUGGCCACAUGCUGCUAGCUUUUGGAGGUUACUUAGGAGGCUUUGAUGGAAACUUCUUGUGGAACAGAAUUGGGGCUGAGUACAAUAUGAACGUGCCCAUUUGGUCCUUGCGAUUGCUGCCAGCACUAACUGGUGCCCUGUGUGUGCCUUUAGCGUACCAGAUUUUGGUAGAGCUGCACUUCUCCCAUUGUGCUGCGCUUGGAGCUGCCCUCCUGAUUCUCUUCGAGAACUCUCUGAUCACUCAAUCCAGGCUGAUGCUCUUGGAAUCAGUACUAAUCUUUUUUAUCCUGCUUGCAAUUUUGUCCUAUCUGAAGUUCUACAAUUUACAGAAGUGCAGCCCCUUCACUGCAGGCUGGUGGUUUUGGCUUUUAUUGACUGGAGUUGCUUGUUCCUGUGCAGUUGGGGUAAAAUACAUGGGGCUUUUCACCUACAUGCUGCUCUUGGCCAUCGCUGGAGUCCACUCCUGGCACUUGAUAGGAGACCAGACCUUGUCAAAUGUUUCUGUGUUGUGCCAUUUGCUGGCGAGGGGACUAGCUCUAGUAGUCGUCCCAGUAGCAAUGUACCUGUCUUUCUUCUACGUUCACUUGACUUUGCUCUACCGCUCAGGACCUCAUGACCAGAUUAUGACCAGUGCUUUCCAGGCCAGCUUGGAGGGCGGGCUAGCUCGGAUCACACAGGGCCAGCCCCUUGAGGUAGCCUAUGGCUCCCAGAUUACCCUGCGGAAUGUUUUAGGCAAACCCAUGCCAUGCUGGCUCCAUUCUCACAAGAGCACUUAUCCCAUCAGGUACGAGAAUGGCCGAGGCAGCUCCCACCAACAGCAGGUGACUUGUUACCCCUUCAAGGAUGUCAAUAACUGGUGGAUCGUUAAGGAUCCUGGGAGGCAGCAGCUGGUGGUGAGUAACCCACCACGUCCCGUCCGACAUGGGCAUAUUGUGCAACUGGUCCACGGCAUCACAACUCGUUACCUAAACACACAUGAUGUUGCUGCACCUCUGAGCCCACACUCCCAGGAAAUCUCCUGUUACAUUGAUUAUAACAUCUCCAUGCCAGCACAGAACCUCUGGAGAGUGGAAAUUGUAAAUCGGGAAUCGGACACAGACGUGUGGAAGACCAUUUUAUCUGAAGUAAGGUUUGUCCAUGUGAAUACCUCAGCAGUGCUGAAGCUCAGUGGUGCAUCUCUACCUGAGUGGGGCUACCGGCAGCUGGAAAUCAUCGGGGAGAAGUUGUCCAAAGGGUAUCACCAGAGCAUUCUGUGGAAUGUGGAGGAGCACAGAUACGGGAAAAGCCAAGAGCAGAAGGAGCGGGAAGUGGAGCUGCACUCACCCACGCAGGCUGACAUCAGCAAAAACCUCAGUUUCGUGGCCAGAUUCACAGAACUGCAGUGGAAGAUACUAACAUUGAAAAAUGAAGAUACAGAACAUAAGUAUAGCUCUUCCCCCCUAGACUGGAUCACUAUGGAUACAAACAUCGCUUACUGGUUCCACCCUCUCUCUGGUGCUCAGAUCCACCUCAUUGGGAACGUUCUCACCUGGGCUUCAGCUAAUGUUGCAACCCUUGUAUACGUGUGUCUGUUCCUGUGGUAUUUGCUUCGACGACGGAGGAAGAUUUGUGACAUCCCUGAAGAUGCAUGGAGGCUCUGGGUAUCAGCUGGAGGACUCUGCGUGGGAGGCUGGGCUGUGAAUUACCUCCCCUUUUUCAUGAUGGAGAAGACACUUUUCCUGUACCACUACCUGCCUGCUCUCACUUUCCAAAUUCUACUGAUUCCUGUUGUACUGCAGCAUCUGACCGAUCACCUCUGCAGAUCCCAACUCCCUAAGAACGCGUUCAGUGCCUUGAUGGUAGCCUGGUUCUCCUCCAUUUACCUGGUCUAUCGCACAUUCAGCCCACUGACAUAUGGGGAGCCUACCCUCUCAGCAGCUGAGCUCAGGGCCCUGCGCUGGAAGGACAGCUGGGACAUCUUGAUCCGCAAACACUAGUGGAGCCAGUCAAGAUAGAACUGAUCAUGCUUACAAGUAACUCUGCUCUCAUUUCUUAAUAGGGGCUCAGGGUAAAAAGCCUUGUAAUUUACAUUGGUUAGGGAUGCAUCCCUAUGGGGCAGAUGAUGUAAUGGGAAGACUCAGUUUCUGUUCUGCUCUAUAGCCUGAGUUAGUCUCAUUGCAAAUCUACAGUAUUAUGUCUCAAACUACCCUUGAUAUUUAGUGUAGAACAGAUGCCUAGAGUGUUUACUGUAGUGCUUCCUCAUGGUCUAAUCACCAGCCUCUUGUUCAAGGCUGCCACCUUUUGGAGGGAGGAGACUCAUACUUGACUAGAUGCAUUCAGAGGAGACCCUAGUGACACUUCACUGAAGCUUUAACUAACUUAACCUCAACACAGUAGAGCUCACUAGUGCCCAAGGCCAGAUGGCUGAGAGGAGAUUGAAAGCACUACACAGGGAUUUGUUUGUUCAUUCCUGCUCCCUUUGCUCUUUAGACACCCCUUUGGGUAUGUCUGUGCUGGUGGGGGGAGGGGUGUGAAAAUACUUUUAUAUAAAAUGGUUACAUCUAUGUGGCUGUUGUUUCUUCAUUGGUUUAUUAGUCAAAGCAGCACAACUACUCGAGCCAGGCUUUGCUUUUAUAAGAGAUGAAAAAAGUUCAUCUUCAACAAUAACCAAUUUUUCCUGCUAGGCUUAAGCCUGCAUUUACAGACUAUACAUGAGAGACAGGAGGUACCAAUUGGUGUUUGUUUUAAAAUGUCACUAGUGGACUGAGAGAGGGAGCACUAAGCUAGAGCCUGGGAUUUCACAUUAAGUUUGCAGCUUUUCUUCUGCUCAUUUGAGGAUGUGCCACAGCACUCCGAGCUUUAACGCUGCUUUGGGGAAGGAAUGAGAACUAUAAACCAUGUCUGCAAAUGAAUUCGGCCCAGCAGACUCUGCACCCAGUUAGUACUGAAGUGUUCUCCAAGGUCAGCCUUCCUGACAUGGGGCACAAAAACUGAAGCCUACGCUACAUAGAGUGUAGUUAGGCUCAGCAACUAGUGACAAAACACCUCAACUAGAAGGCGGAGCCCCACUGCUCCUUUGUCUGACUGUAAGUUGCCUGUUGCCCAAGAGAAGCCUAAUUUUCCUCAGCUCUGAGUAAAAUAGACUUCUCAUUAUUGGCACAACUGCAGAGGUCAGUCCUUUUCCCCACACAGAAGGGUGAACUGUGGCCCUUCUGUCCAUGGCAAUGCCAGAUCUCUGGAGAAGGGAAAUCUCAGGGGGCAGCUGGGGACCUGUACCUGCUUGUUUAAAAACAAGGCUCUUUGCUGCGUCUCACUUGGAGCAAAGAACUGUUUUCCUGGCAGCUAACCUUGCUGCUAAGGAAAAGCACCAUGAGGGGAGAUUAUUAAUCUUGUAUCCCACUGGGUUUAAUUCCUAGGGGGAUUUCAGCACACCAUGCCAUCUAACACCAGGUCCUGGGUCAAUAAUCCAGCUCCUUCCAUGAGAAGAUACACACACAACCCUCUUGAAUCUGCCCCUAAGUUACUAUGGGCACGUCACAAACCAGUUUGUUAAAAAGGUUGGUCUGGAACAGAGGCAA